CUCCGCCAUCUCCCGCGACGGCUGCCGGUUCCCUCGGUUUCCUCGAUUUCCUCUCGGACGGCCCGACCGUCCGUGGUCCGGCCGCGCGCGAGACUCGGGGUCGUCGAGAAAGAGCCCGACCUUGACAGCUCCCCCGCCGCACCGGCGGGAAGUCGUAGAGUUCCGUGGCGAUCGCUCGUUUGUCCAAUAAUCGGUCGAUCGUAAAGCGGCGCCGUUCGACGGAAGUCGCGGAAGUCGCGGAAGUCGCGGAAGUCGCGGAAAUCGCGACGCCUCGCCCCGGGUGGCGGAGGAGGAAGAGGAGGGGCGGCCGCGCGCUAUAAGAGGGACCGGCCGCGACUCCGCUUGCCGCUUAUCGUUUACUCGAGAACAUGCGUCGGUACGUCUCCUUGGUCCUGGGGCUUUGCGCCGUGGGUGUCUGCGUCGACGCCCUCACGCAGGAGCAGGUGUCGCAGUUCGGCGCGCUCCACGAGAAGUGCAUCCAGGAGACCGGCGUCGACCCCAACCUCCUGGCGCGCGCCCAGAAGGGCGAGGCGCUCGAUGACCGGAAGGUCCAGUGCUUCGGGGCGUGCCUCCUGCAGGGAAUGAACAUCAUGGACGCCAGCGGGGCCUUCAGCAAGGAGAACGCCGUCGCCCUGGCGCCGGAGAACUUCUUCCGCGGGUCCAUCGUCGAGAUGAUCAACACCUGCGGGGAUCAGAAGGGUGCCGACGCCUGCGAGACGGCCGGGAAGGUCUUCGAGUGCAUGAACGGCAGCGUGGUGUUCGGUGUCUUGAAGACGGCGCUCGGCAUGUAGAGCGGCGACGUCGGGAGGAACUCGAUCGUCUCCUACGGACCUGAGCCCUCCUCGCGAACGUUCUUUUGACGCGAAACGACUUUUGUAACGUCCGGUAGACCCCG